AUGAUCCGAGCAACUCGUCUCUCGAACCUCCUGGCCGUGGUGCCCUUCGUGGCCGGAGCCAUACUGGAGACCAGGCAGGGCAAUGCCACCACCAUCCCCUCCAGGGUGGAGAGUGGUAUCGCGACUGAGUGCAAGACAUGCCCUUACUCGCUCUGCACGAACCAGCUCGCGUUCGACUAUGGCAACGAAAUGACGCUGACCUGUUGGACCUAUGGAGACAAUAUUGUCGAUUCCAACAUCUGGCUGAGGACCACGGAUGGCUGCUAUGUCACCCAAUGGGACAUCAUCGAGUACGACGGAGACUAUACAAACACGCCGGGUUUCCCCUACUGCGGUGAUAUUCCCCAAGUAUACACCACCGGCCCUAGCGCGACAGUCUACUACACAGAGUGCAACAUCAUACCACACUUCACCGAAAAGCAAGACCACAUCAAGAUGUACAAGACCGAGGUAGACCUCACGCUCACUUGCUACACGGACGACGGCGACUCCGUACUCGGCAACUCGAGAUGGUUCAGGACCCUGUCGAACUGCUACGUCCCCGAGGCCCAGAUCGAGUACGUCGACAGCGGGCUCGACGACUGCGGCCCCAUCCCCUUCAUGGAGACCAAGAUGCGCGACCCGGACCCGGAGCCCACCCCCGAGGCGGCAUCUUUCGCGGCCGCGGCGGCGGCCGGCGGCGCCGUGCAGGCCCGCGGCGAGGAAGCCCCGCCCGGGGGCAGCUGGAAGCGGUGGCUGUACCUGACCCAGAUCGGCGCCGACUCGGCCAACUGCACGUCCGAGGCGGACGGCAACUCGGCCGUGCAGCAGGUGCUGCCGUUUGGGAACUACAUUGUCGUCCAGUGUGCCACGUUCGGGCCUAAUCCUGAGACUGACCGACAGAUUUACUUGCUCACGGAUGACUUUUGCUGGGUCAAUGACAACCUCGCAGAUCCUCAGUUGAUUGACAGCGAGAUUCGAUCCCAACGCUAUCCGAACUGCAACGAAUUCGUCGACACCGAGGUCUGA